GGCAUUCCUGCAAAAAGAAAUAAGCCUGAUAAAUCAACCAGAUGAAAGGUAAUUUUUAACAAAUUUAUUUUCUUUAUUUCGCUGUUGUUGAGUCAGAUAAUGAAAAGAAAAGAAGGAUAACUAUCCUUGUUGUUUCGCUUGUUUCUGGAUUGUUGCUCUUGGGCCUAGUACUCUUCAAACUUUGGAAGAAAACAAAGAAAAGAGGUAACAGUAUUCAUCCAAUCUUACCAAAAACAAAGAACAUAAUAUAAUAUGGCGGAGAUAUUAUGUAUUGAUAGUCAGUUUUUCUUUCUGUAACCCAUUGAACAAGCCAUGAAAACAGUGAGGAGAUUGAGGUACCUCUAGUUGAACUCUCUACUGUUAUGACUGCUACAAAAAAUUUCUCUGAGGAAGACUUUAUUGGAGUUGGUGGCUUUGACAGCGUUUACAAGGGCAUUCUUUCUAAUGGAGAAGAAAUAGCAGUCAAAAGGUUGUCAAAGAAUUCUAGGCAGGGAGGCAAAGAGUUUAGGAAUGAAGCAACUUUAAUUGCCAAACUUCAACACAAGAAUCUUGUAGCACUUUUGGGAUGCUGUAGUCAAGGAGAAGAAAGGCUUUUGAUCUAUGAGUACAUGCCUAAUAAAAGCUUGAAUUAUUUUAUCUUCGAUCCGAAGAAAAGAGAAUUAUUGACAUGGCCAAAGCAGUUUGAGAUAGUUAUGGGGAUUGCAAGAGGACUUGUCUAUCUCCAUCAAGAUUCUAAACUUCAAAUUAUUCACAGACAUCUCAAAGCAAGUAAUAUUUUACUAGACAAAUAUCUAAACCCUAAAAUCUCAGACUUUGGCUUGGCAAGAAUCUUCAGAGAUGACGAUGAAGGCAAAAACAGAGUCAUGGGAACAUUUGGCUAUAUGUCGUCUAAGUAUGCAACCGAUGGAACCUUUUCAGCAAAAUGUGAUGUUUUUAGUUUUGGUGUACUUCUGCUAGAGAUAGUAAGUGGCAAAAAGAAUAGAGGGUUCUCUCACCCAGCUCACCAUCACAACCUCCUAGGACAUGCAUGGUUGCUUUGGAAUGAAACCAAGGCCGUAGAACUUAUGGAUUCAUGUUUGGAGGAUUCAUGUGUUAAAUUUGAAGUACUACAAUGCAUUCAGGUGGGUUUAUUAUGUGUUCAAAAGUUUCCAGAGGACACACCAGACAUAUCAUCUGCAGCUUUCAUGUUGGCAAACGAGGGAGCAACAUUGCCUCAACCGAAACAGCCUGGUUUCUUCAUUGAAAGAAGUGCUGCUGAUACAGAACCAUUAUCAAGACAAGAAGAAUCAAACACUGAAAAUGUGGUAACCAUAACUAUGAUGAGGGCGGGCGGCCUGAUCUUGUCUGACGUCACACGUUGUUCUGGUGAUAGGGAUGCAUUUAAUGAAGCAAUCCCAGCGCUGACAGGAACCUUUGUCUUCCAAACCUGCAUUUUUCCGGCAUUUGAAGCAGAAACAGUCGUCAUACUCCAAGAGACUGGGAAAAUGGACUCCUCAGCAGCCAGUUCCGAGCAGGGAACCAGCUCGUCCCCGCAGGGUGCUCCUAGCACCCCUCUCGAGGUUUUCUCGGUACUUACCGAGGAAGAGCUCAAGAGGAAUGCCUUCACUAACGUUGUCUUGUAUGCAACAACCAUGCCACCAAAGGAGCCAGAGCAGCCUCGGCGAAGGCCUCUUAAUUUUCCUCGGUUGAAGAAAGCUAAGGCGGCCAAAACUGCUCAAACCGUCCCCUCGACUGAGGGCAUGACCUCGGGCCAACCAGCACGACCUUCCGAAACUUCUCAGCAGCCGCCGGCGGAAGACGCGCCAAUGCGAACCAUGAAGGUCUCCCAGCCGUCGCCUACUCGCCCAAAGAUGAAAACAAUGGCUCAGCGAAAGAAGAGGAGGCAGAUUCAGGUCAAGGAGUCAAAGACCGAAUCUGAGGGCGAGCAGCUGAAGAGGUCGAAGAAGGAUGUUGAAAGGAGGUCGGGCAAGGAACCGAUGGUCGACGCGGCCGCUACUGAAGGCACGAAGAAGGAUACCCCAGUGUUGGACUCGCUGGGGAACCUUCCAGAGUACCUGUAA